CCCAGUUUAACAAGAAAGAUGAUGGGCUUUAAGCCAUCUUCUUUGUUGAUUCUUUUACUCGUUUUUCCCUUUUCUGUUUGGAUGGUAUCUGUCUCAGGAACUGGGAAUGAAACCAUUGAUAUUGGUGCAAUCAUUGACUUAAACUCACGAGCCGGGAAAGAACACAAAGUUUCUCUAGAAAUAGCUGUCCAAAAGUUUAAUGAUCAUUCAAGGACUCACCACAUCUCUGUUCAUUUCAGAAAUGCUAGCAUGGAUCCUAUUCAAGCUGUUUUUGCAGCUGAUGAGCUGGUGAGAGGAAAGCAGGUGAAAGCCAUAAUUGGGAUGAAUACAUGGGAAGAAGCAAGUUUAGUUGCAGAGGUUGUGGCGAAGCGAGCUGAGAUGGUGCCGGUUCUCUCUCUUGCAGCGUCUUCUGGGAAGCCAGAAAGUGUGCAGCUUCAAUGGCCUUUCUUGGUACAAAUGGCUGCAAAUAGCUCUGAGCAAGUGAAGUGCAUUUCUGCUAUUAUUCAUUCUUGGAGUUGGAGGAAGGUGGUAGUAAUAUAUGAAGAUGGUUUGUAUGGUGCUGAUGCUGGGAUGCUGGGAGCUUUAUCUGAUUCUCUUGAAGAUAUUGGGGUUGAUAUUGAGUACCAUUUAAUCCUCCCGGAGUUCUCUUCGUUAUCUGGGGAUUCAGAACGGAUUGUUCGAGGAGAAGUCUUGAAGUUGCUGGAAAAACAGUCGAGGGUGUUCAUCGUUCUUCGUUCAUCAGAAUUGAUGGCUGGUUUCCUGUUCAGAGAAGCAAAGGAAAUAGGAUUAAUGGGGAGAGAAUCUGUGUGGCUUCUUGCAGAUUCUGUGUCUGAUCUUCUCGAUUCUGUUGGGACAUCCUUUGCCUUGUCUGUUCAAGGUGCUUUAGGAAUCAAGAAUCACUAUGUUGAAACCACCAAGCCUUUCCAAGAUUUUCAAACUCAAUUUCAGAAGCUUUUCAGGUCAGAGUUCCCAGAUGAAGAUCACUCAAAGCCCGGGAUUCAUGCUUUACAAGCAUAUGACAGCAUGAAUACUAUUGCUCAAGCAAUUAUGAAUUUAAGCAAAAACAAUGUUGUUGAUUCAAAGUCACUACUGACAAGAAUUCUGUCAAGUAAUUUUACUGGUUUGAGUGGAGAUGUUCAUUUCCAACACGGAGCAAGGUCACAACAAGUUUCGAUAUUCAGAAUUGUAAAUGUUGUUGGAUUGAAGUAUAAAGAACUUGGCUUCUGGUCAUCGGAUCACGGGUUCUCAGACAGCCUUGAAGCUGGAAGCAGCUCCGGGGGAAUACAAGAGCUAUCCAGUUUGGUGAAUUGGCCGGGCGAAUUGGGCCGAGUUCCAAAGGGGUGGGCAAUGCCUACUUAUGCAAAACCAUUAAUCAUUGGUGUUCCUGGAAGAACUGUAUUUGAUAAGUUUGUAAAGGUGGACUGGGCUAAAAUUCCACACAAGUAUACUGGUUUCUGCAUUUGUGUAUUUGAAAAUGUUCUUGAAAUCUUGAAGAAAAACUACAUUGUUAACUAUGAUUUCAAGCCUUACAAUGGCACCUACCCUGAUCUGGUUCAUUUUCUGGCUAACAAGACUUACGAUGCGAUUGUUGGCGACAUAACAAUAUUAGCGGAGCGAUCAAAAGACAUGGACUUCACACAACCAUAUGUAGAGUCAGGCUUGACAAUGAUAGUUCCUGUGAAGACUGAUAAAUCUAAGAAAGCAUGGAUGUUUCUGAAGCCUUUUACUAGGAACAUGUGGGUAGUAACCUCAGCCAUCCUGUUCUACACAAUGUUCAUCAUCUGGUUCUUGGAGCAUCAGUCUAACGAAAAUUUCAGAGGUGCCCGGAGAGAUCAGCUUGGCGUUGCGUUAUGGUUCACGUUCUCAUCCCUCUUUUUUGCUCACAAGGAGGAACUUAAGAGCAAUUACACCAAACUGGUGGUUAUAGUGUGGCUUUUCGUUGUGUUCGUGCUAACCUCGAGCUACCAAGCCAGUCUCACUUCAAUGCUAACUGUAUCCCGGCUUGAACCAAGCGUGACAGACAUUGAUUGGAUACGGAGAACGAAUGCACCAGUAGGAUGUGAUGGCGAUUCGUUUGUCAAAGAUUACCUGAGAAACGUGCUAAAACUCAAGAACAUCACCAUUGUUGGAAACCAAUAUGAUUACCCAGAGCUUCUGAAGAAUGGGAGCAUAAAAGCAGCGUUCCUCGAGCUUCCUUACGCGAAGCUCUUCCUCAAGGAAUACAACAAUGACUUCACAUCUGCUGGUGUUACCUACAGAUUUGGAGGGCUAGGAUUUGCAUUUCAAAAAGGCUCUCCUUUGGCACGCGAUUUUUCCGAGGCAAUCUUAACUCUAUUGGAAAAUGGCACAAUGCAAAAACUAGAAGAAGAAUGGCUGGGCUCCUCUAUGACUUUAGUGAACAAUGAUACCUCAGUAAAGACACAAAGUUUGAGCCUUAGUAGCUUCUGGGGCUUAUACCUGCUGUCUGGUGCCACUUCCACAAUAUGCUUUCUGAUUUUCGUGUGUCGUCUCUUUCUUAGAAAAUCGCGACAACAUAGUCAGGUGCAGGAUGAGAACGAGCCUAAAACCGAACAAGGUGCCAGGCCUGCCUCUCUAAUGAAGACUGCAACAUUUGGUCAUAUAGACAGACUCAGAUCUUCAGAAUGGGAGCUGGUGAGCCCUUCAGACACUUCAGAAAUGUUUGAUGCCUCCCAUCCAGCCGAAAUUCAAAUUACAACCAUGAAUUAGUUACACUAUAAUAAUUCAUUAGGGAAGAACAACUGUGUAUAAGAUUCUUUUUAACAUUAAUCUUGUAUAUUCUUGUUCAUAUAUAUAGCUUUAUACUGACAAUAAAAUUACAUUCUUUCUUGUACUCUCCAA